AUUUUGAAAUCAAGAUUGAUGACGCACUAAUAACGCGCGAUUGAUAGUACGCAAACAUAACGUUAAUGCGGAGUUUUAUCAAGAGUCAGAUUUUUCUUAACAGUUGAAAAUAAUGUUAUUACUCGCUGCUGCUAUGUUUAAUUGGUCGCUAUAGCAGCCGUCCGUACUGAAUCUAACAGCAGGACGAGAAGUUAAAAGUCUGUGUUUCAAUGUUGUCAUUCAGUCAUUUUAAAUCCAGUUUUUAGCUUUCACGUUGUCUAUCAUGGCAUCGAAUGACUUGCUGGUAGAGAGAGACAAAAUCCAAAGGGAGAUUUUUGCUCUUGAGAAUUCUCUGCUGGCGGAUGGAGGAAACAUCACAGACUUGCUGUCACUCGAUGCUAGUAGCGAUGAUGAAUCUGUUGACAGUGGACCUGCAGUUGAUGAAGUGGUGCAUGAUGAUCUAGAGACAGAACGCCAACGCAUUCAGAGAGAGAUCGAGGAAUUAGAGAAUACACUUGGUGUUAAUGCAGAACUGUUUGACAUUGAGGCAGGAGAGAGUGAACACGACAGCGAUUUUAGCAAUGAGGACAGAGUUGAAUUGAAUCUUCCUCAAAAUAUAGACACUUGCCUACAAAUCAAUUUGGUCUAUCAGGAGGUGCUUAAAGAAAAACUAUCUGAGCUGGAGAAGCUUCUGAGAGACAACCAGCAGCAGCAGAAAGAGAUUGAAUGUCAGUUGUCUGGUCCCACCACCUGUAGCUCUUCUUCACCAGGAGGACUCCCUAUUCAGAAACUAUUUCUUGGAUAUUUCAUGAAGCCUUAUUUCAAAGACAAACUCACUGGUUUAGGACCUCCACCAAAUGAUGAAACCAAAGAGAGGUUGAGUCACGGCACCAGACCCAUCUGUGAGGUGAAAAUAAGGAGAUGGGAGGUUUGGCAGAAAGCUUUGCUGACCAAUGCUGUGGCCACAGACACUAUGAAACAAAUGCUAAAGCCCAAACUUUCCAAGCUGGACUACCUGAGUGGCAAAAUGUCUAAAGCUAAUGAUGAGGAAAAGGAGGAGAUGAAAAAACAAAUAGAUUUAAUACAACAAGAUAUUGCAGAGAUUAGUGUCAUGAGAGAAGAACAGCUGCUGGGUGAUCGCAAUGACGACCACGACUGGGAGAAGAUAUCCAACGUUGAUUUUGAAGGUUUGCGCCAUGCUGAUGAUUUGAAAAGAUUCUGGCAAAACUACUUGCACCCCUCCAUAAACAAGACCGUAUGGAAACAGGAGGAAAUCGAUAAGCUGGGAGAAAUCGUACAAGAAUACAACUGUUGCCAUUGGGAUGAAAUUGCAGAGGCUCUUGGGACCAAGAGAACGGCUUUCAUGUGUUUCCAGACUUAUCAACGCUACAUUUCAAAGACUUUCAGAAGGAGAGAGUGGACUUCAGAGGAAGACGAGAUCCUGAGAGAACUUGUGAACAAAAUGAGAGUCGGCAACUUUAUUCCUUACAUGCAGAUGUCGUACUUCAUGAUGGGUCGUGAUGCAUCACAACUAUCAUACCGCUGGACCUCUGCUCUCGAUCCAUCUAUAAAGAAAGGCCCUUGGUCAAAGGAAGAAGACCAGUUGUUGAGGAAUGCUGUCGCUAAGUACGGUGCCAAAGAAUGGGGGAAAAUCAGAGCGGAAGUGCCAGGCAGGACAGACGGCGCUUGUCGUGACAGGUAUCUUGAUUGUCUUCAGGAGAAUGUCAAAAAGGGUGCUUGGAGCAAAGAGGAGGUGGAGUUACUAAAAGAAAAAGUUGAGAAAUAUGGCGUUGGCAAGUGGACAAAAAUUGCUUCAGAGAUCCCAAACCGUGUUGACGCCCAGUGCCUGAACAAGUGGAAGCAACUAACACAACCUAAUCUAGGCAGUAGCAGAAAAAGGAAACGAGUUCGAAAAGUGAAGUUAAUAGUUAAACAAGAAACAAAAAGACGAAAGGUGACACAGAAAAAAAUGAAAGAUAUUGAAAUCACUUCAAGCUCCGAGGAUGAAAAGCAAGUGAAAGUUGAAUAUAUGGAUAGUGAUGCUGAAGCAGAUGUCCCUUCAGAUGAGGAUUUACCACAGGAAACACAAGUCAAGGACUACAUACAGCCAGACAUAAAGGAUUGGAUUCCUUUAAAUACAAACCCAACAGUUUGUCCUGUAGGAACUGUUAGGACUAUAUGGGUGAGUCUGUCCACCAAUGUGGAUGAUCUAAAAGAACCUAAUAAACCAACUAUCAGUGGACGCAGUCGAUCGAAGAACAGCAUCUGUCCUUCAGUCAAGCCCAUUCCGGUCCGCAAUACCAGUUUAGACUAUUUUGGAAACGUGGAGAGAACUUACGUGGGGAUUGAUACUAACGUCUUGCUGAACCCGGCUGACAAUGAGAAAACCUUGAUUAAGGUGCCUGUGAAUGAUGUUAAACACUUAAUGCAGUGGAAGGCAACAUCAGUAAAUAAGAAGGACAGAAGGAAAUUUCCAGAAGAUAAAAAGAAAAGAAGACGAGCCCAGAACUGGUCCAGCGUUAACUGUGAGCUUCUUAAAGCGAUCACCCCGUGGAUUGGUAAUGUGAUAUUGCCUGUGGAAGCAAAUAAAAAGAAGCUUUGUGAAGCUGAUAUCAUUGGAACAAAAGCAGCAGAGAUCCCUCUCCUGAAGACACCAGUGUUUUCAUUUUUCAUCAAAGCUCUCCACAUUGAUGCAGAGGGUUGCAAGAAUGUCAUUAAAGUUCGGCAAAAGAGAAGACUGCGGAUGCCAGGGUCUGAAGCCAAACCCAAAACAGUUCUUCCUAACACGGUGUUAGCGACACUUCAGGAGCGAAAAUGUAUGAAAAAUGUGAGCAAGGAACAUGCAGGACUUCUUCAACAUCCACCGUCCUUGCCUUCUGUUCACCCUCAGGAGAUGACAACACCUGCUUCGAUUUAUCCCAGCUCGAUUGUCAUCGCGCAGCCAAACAUGCAGGGGACCGAGCAGACUUUACUGCUUAAUGGACAAAAAAUAUCUGUAUUACCAAAGUCACCACCGCGAGCUAUUCUUCUGCCAUUAAUACAGUUGGCAGCACCAGUGCAACCUGUCACAACCACAACCUCCAGAUCACCGAAACGAGUGACCCAACGUCAAUGUAAACCCACAAAAAAAGCACAAGCCUUAAUGGAAGAAGCUAAAGCUAAAAGUUGUAAAAAGGAGACACUGAAACAAGUCUGGGCCAAUAAGAGUACUGGGCUUUCUACUGUUCAAUUCCAAACACAGCCGGUUAAUUGGAUUUUCACUCCUGGAACGUCGAUACAGGUGACUGAAAUGCGUUCUGCUAACUUUCCAGGCAACCAGAUGUUAAUCAUGCCAAAAAACUCCCCCAUAAAUGCCAGCACUCUUCCAGGCACCUUAACCAAUCUAUGUCUAAACCCAUUACCUAACCCCUGUAUCACUGGUUCCUCCAUCUCCAAUCCCUCUUUCCUAAAGCCUUCUACCUCCAUAAACACGACCUCUGCAUGCAUCCAGACACCUCUUACUAAUACCUCAGUGGAAAACAAAACUAUGCAUAGCAGUGCCCUUCAGAUGUCACCCCAAGCUUCUCUCACUGUGCACCAGAAAGAUUUGAUUGUACAUACUGAGUCUCUUGGGCCAACGGUCUCUUCAAAUAACUCUGGUGUAGAUCUGCCGCCUUCAUCCUCUUCUAAAGGAACAACAUCUUUAGGACAACAUCUAUCAUCAGUCUUAUCCAGCUACUCUUCUGCUGCCACAAAUGUUUUCAAUCUUGUGCCUUCGUCAUCUGACUUGAAUGUACCAGGUUUGGUUAGUGCACCAGUUGUGUCAAAGCCUCAAGUUGUUUCUAAAAGUAUCUGUGCUCCUACAACUAUUCAACAGUCAGGUGUCAUUCAACAGCAGUCUACUUCUCUUCACCAUGUAUCUCAAUCAACAGUGCCUCAAGUUGGAAAACCAAGUGAACCAUCGAUCUCUAAUCCUGAUCUUCCCUCUGAUACUUUGACCUUUGAUACAAACUUUAUAUUUUUGGAUCAUCAAUCUGAAGUAAAUGACUGGAUGAAUGGAAACGGUGGAAUUUCACUUCCACAUCUAGACAUCACUUUGCCUUACCUCCCACCAUCUGCUGCCAGUGUCAAAAAACUGACUUCAUUGCUCAAGGCUAAACAAUCUCUGCUUACAGCUGCAGCACACAUCUUACCGCACGACUACCAGAAUGUCAAAGGAGAGAAAGAACAAGAAGAGGCCAUUCGCAAACUGAUUUCAGAAAGGUUUGCCACAAAUCCAGCAUACCUGUGGUUAAAAGCUCGAUUCUUGUCAUGCUUUACUUUACCUGCACUUCUAGCCACCAUAAACCCAUACAAGGAUGAUCAAGUUGUGGACAAGCAUGUGGGAGAAAAUAAUGAGGCACCAGCCGCAAGGACUGAUCUGACUACAAAUGAAAACGAAGCUUUGGAAACACAAUUCUCAGGAAUCUAUACAAACAGGCAAUGUUCAUAAGGCUGAUCACUUCUUCAGUCUUAAUGCUAGGGUAAUUGGUUAGGAUUAAAGUUGUGUAAUGCUUUUAACAUUUCUUUUCCUAGUUAUCAGAGACCAAUGAGAGCAGGUUUUGUUAGGGAAAUUCAAAAUAUGUUCUGGCUAUUCUGACUCAAGAAAAAAUAGGGUUAUGGUUUUGUACAUAAUGUAACCACAGUUAAUGAUUCUUAAAUUGUGUUUAUAAAAGUUUUUGCUCCUGUUUUGUUUGUUUUUAAAUAAAAGGUUUUAUAGA